UUUUACUCAUUAGAGAGCUAAAUUGAACUUUGACACCUGCCACAUAGACGGACUGAAUCAGCCUUGGCAGUCUAGGUUUUUAUCACCGAUCAAAAGGCAUCUGGUGACACUCCUUCUCUCCGUGGCUGUGGGGAAGACACGCCGCAGCACCAUGCGUGUUUAGAGGGGAUAUUUGUCUGUGGACGUUUACAACAAACUCAGGUCAAAGAAGAAGCUUUUCAACCAUGAGGCCUCCGGUGGAAGUCAGCGUGUUCCUCCUCUCCCUCUUGGCUCCAGCAGUUUUGUACACCUUGAACAACAUCCCCGUGCUUCAGGAGUAAGUCUGCUUAUCCUCAGAGAUCAACUUUCUUUCAUUUUGACUCGAUGUAUGCAAGUGAAGCAGCUGGUUUGAGUACAAGGCUGGAGCAUGGACAGUCAUGAAGUGAGGGCGUGUGAACCCUGUUUGAAGCCAUUGCUGGUCCUCUAUUAGCCUUAAAAGUUACUAUAGCUACCUUACUUUACAUCAUGUCAGAAUUUGUUAAACUUAUUUAUUUCACCUUGGAAAGUAGUGUUUUUACAUUUACUUUAAAAAGCUGUUUUUAAUGUCUGAUAAAUUAUCACCCGUGGAACCAACAGCUGAAAAGUUAAAUGGUGUCUGAGUUUUCCCAGCUCUAAAACAAGUUACUUCUUACCUUUCUUUUUACACCUAAAGAAUUAAAGUUAAUUGUUCAGAUUGCACCUGAAAUGAGCAACUAUUUAAUAGAUCCUAGAAACAGCUUUCUUUAAAUAUCAAGAUUUCCCAAAGCGAGAGGUGACACCUUAAAAUGACUAACUAUGUCGGGGUUUAAACCAUCAGCUGAAACCUUCACACCUGAGCCACAACCAGUGACUGUUCUGCAUCUUGACUUGACUAUAAAAAUAAUCCUCUCUGUUUUUGUUGGAGGUUUUGCUUGGAUAAAUACUUUAAUUAACCUUCUCUUCCUCAGACCUCUGCCCAUCCUGGGAGUAGGGCUGGUCGUCUUGGGCUCCGUCCUCAUCCUUCUUCUCCUUGCUGUGCAUCAUAAGACCAAAGUGGACCCUUUGUUUUAUGGUACAAGCAGACAAGUACACACAUGAACAUGUGAAGUAGAAGUAGGAGAUUUGUUUUUAAUGUUUCUAGCAUGUGCGUGUCCAGCAUUUGCAGAGUUUUCCUUCACCUGCCUGGUGGGCCUGACUAAUGCUUUGGAGCAGGAUGGGUUCAUCUCUGGCUUCAUGGGCUUCUACCUGAAGAGGGUAAGAGGGCCUUAACUCCUCAUAUACAAACCGCAGCCUUUUUUCCUCUGACGUCACACUGUAAUGCUGUUUUAAUGUCCUAACACUGUGGGAUACAUGACAGCUUUUGUUAUAUCGCCACUUCUUGAUAAAUGAGCAGCAGAAAAAAUAAUUGACAGUGAAAAUAUGGAGGGAAAUAGUGACAUAUUAGAAGUAAACAAACCUGAUUUCCCAUUAACUUACUUAAAGCCUGUCUGCAAAGGAAAAUUCAUGUUGUGUGAGUAGAGUCAGUUUUCUCUUAGAUUACCUCCUGUGGGAUUUUUAAGUGUAUAUGUGUCAAGAAUAAAUGUUUAAAAUCUUUGUUUGCUGUCCUCUCUUCAGGGUGAACCUCAUCUGAGCACCGCCUAUGCUGUAAUGAUGUCUUAUUGGGAAGGUGUUUUCCACUACAUCCUAUUCCUUGUUAUCAUCCACCGCAUGUUCAAAGGGUAAGUGUUACUACAGCAAUCUGUCCACCGUGCGCUAAAUGAGUCUUCUAUGAAAUCCUGUUAAUUUCCUGUCCACACAGGAGGUCAUAUCGUAGCCUUGGGCUGCUGUGGGCCGGCUCCUCCAUCGCUCAUCAGAUUGUAUUGAUUCCAGGAGUGGUCGUAGGUGAGCGCUGUCUGCAGUAACACACUGAUGAAUUGUAUAAUCAAAAAUGUGUGUUAUGUUCCUGAUGAUGUUUGUUUGCAGGUAAAUAUGGGUCAAAUAUUAAACCAGCCUUCUGGAGGAACAUUCCCUUCUUUGUGGCUCCUUUCUGGGCGGCCUCUCUGCUCUUUAGCCGACAGAGAGAAAUGCCGAUCAUCAAAGCAGACACGGUGAGUUUAGACUGCUAAAACAUCAGCCCCACAAUAUGAUAUUAUCAUGAUACUUGGGCCACGAUAUGAUAUUAUUGCGAUUUUAAAAUUUUGCAUUACAGUGAGUAUUGCGAUACAAUAUAUUGCGAUUUAUACAAUUUUUUCAUCUGUUUAGCUAAUUAAGCAUUUGGUUCUCCUUUUAUGUUUGUCUUAUUUUCAUGGAGAACAUCUUGCAAACCUUUUUAAAUAUUUGUUGUACUAACUUUCUUUCCUGCUCUAUGAUGUCACCUCUGCCAACCUCACUUGACAAACAGUUGAUUUUAUUUUUCCAUUAUCGUAGAUUUGACUUCAUAAUAACAAUUGAUUUGAAAAAGUCGAUACUUGGUAAAUGAGACAAUAUGAUAUAUCACCAGACAAAAUAUCGCAAUACUAUGCUUUAUCGAUUUUUUCUCCCACCCCUAACAUCAACAGUUAGUGGGUAUACACAGUGGUGGGGUCAGAGAAUUUAACAAAAUGUUUAUAAGGAAAUGUUUGAAUACUGUGGUGCAAUGUUUCAGUAUUUGCUUUGUUUGUCUGUAUAUGCACUGUUUGUAAUCUUUUGACUUUAAAGACCCGGUCCUCACCUACAGGUUUUGAACCUCUGCAAUAGAAAACUAACUUAUUUGUGUAAGAUUACUUACAUGAUAUCCCAGUGUGACAAACGAUAAAACUCUGAGGCUUGCUUAAAUAUUAGCCCAUAAUUGAGAAAUUAAAUCCAGUAAUCAGCAGAUAAUCCAAUUACUGUUUUAGAAAGGGGGUUGUGGUUUGGUGUAUUAUUGUAACAUGGGCAGAUCAGUGUAGAGAAGAUGUAAACUUUGUUGUGUAAAUCCAUAAAAUACUGCAGGAGUAUUAGAGAUACAAUUUUAUUCUGAAUUGGACACAAGUGGUGAAAAGUUAUUUUAUUUCGCUCUCCAAGUCAAGUUUUUUUUUUUUACUGAUAUGUCAAAAAACAGGUUUGCAGAAUUUCCAAUUUUGUGACGCCGGACACAACUAGAUCAUUUAUCCUUUCAGACAAAAUCUCUCUGCUUUGCCCGCUAGUCCUGCUGGUCCAUUUUGGGAUUCUUAUUAGCAUAACCACCUUCUCACUAUGCUUCUUGCCUUUUUUUUAAACGUGCAACAAAUACCACACUGUCCAGGCUUGAAUGAUUUUUGGUAGUGUUUGGAGAGCUUAGCAGCACAUUCACACAGAUAUUUCAUCUUUUGACUAGAUUUCAGCCGAGCAGAGUAAGAGUCUGCUGCGUCGACCUGUUGACCUUCUCCUGUCACUUCUUCUGCUCGCAGCGAUGGCCUUCUGUGUUUUCAGAGGCUUUGUGAGUAAAACAAGAAGUCCUUUCUCUGACUGUUCUCUUUGAUACAAAAAUAACUUGUCAAGCACAAAUAAAACCUUCAGCUCAGCCUUCCUGUCAUGUCUUUACCAGGUGGUGCUGGACUGUCCUUUAGAUGUCUGUUUCACCUACAUCUACCAAUAUGAGCCCUACCUCAAAGACCCCGUUGGCUUCCCCAGGGUCAUGGUCAGUUAGGAGACACACAUUAUCACACUGAAUUGAAUCAAACGGACAAUUUUAUUCAGAAUGAUAGCUGAUCUUUUGUGUACUUUUAUCUGCAGAUGUUGGCGUAUCUGUUUUAUGCUGUGCCCUUGCUGACUGUCUGCAUCUAUGGCCUGCGAACACCUGGAUGCAGCUGGAUGUUGGACUGGACUAUCUUCUUAGCAGGGGCCAUGACUCAGGUAUCUUUGGUUUUUAUCUUUGCUGUUUUAUAGUCUCUAAGAAAGUAAAAAUAAGAGCAAAAAUCUGGAUUCCCUCUGCUGUUUCCCUCAGACCCAGUGGUGCCAUAUCGGAGCAUCUCUGCAUUCCCGCACUCCCUUCACAUACCGAGUCCCGUCAGAUAGGUGGUGGCCCGUUUUCGCCCUCAAUAUGCUGCUGGUCGCUGUACCGAUUCUUCUUGCCCUGCGCUGCUACACCAACCCCACUUAUUUUAUGAAACCAGUUCCCAAAGGACAGACCGACAAGGAGAAGAAGAAAAACUAGACCACACGCAGGCUGCAGAGGACCGUGGAGGAAUACUUCACACUGUGACAGGGCUAAUGUUUUCUGGGGACUCUUGUUGGCACACAAACUGCAUUAAAAACCCAGUUCUUCAACCCAGAGGAAAUCUAAAAGUGUUGCUUUGCGAGUCAACUGUUGAAAAUCAGUCACCCCGCUCAGCAGCAGCCACCGCCGCCGCAGCAGCACUCCCUGCAUAGACUAUUGGACCCUGAUAAGAACCUCCAGUUGAGGUGAGGACUGUGACUCAUGCAAACGAAAUUGGUUUCUUCCCAAACUAGGACUUUUGACCUGGAACAGACAGGCUGGCAUAUUUAUACAUAUUUCAGUGCAGAAAUCCUCAGAGAAACUCCAAAGAUUGCAGUUUAGUAUCGAUCUACAGAUAACAGUCAGAGCAAACAGCUUUCUGUUUGGAAACUUAACAUAAUGUUUUGGUGUGAUUGCAGCUUAAUAUCUCAAAGGUUGUUGAUGUGGAUCUAACUUCUUUAAAGCAGAUUGCUUAAAGGAGUAAAAUCCUUGUUUUGUGUGUCAAAUAAUCCUACAAAUUGUCCUGGGUGAUCCAACUAGAUUUUUCUGUCAGUUUUGUUGAGCAGUCAGCCAUUAUCUGAAGGUUAUUUAAAAAUAUCCACAACAGUUACCAACAAUAACACUGAGGGGUAAAUCCUCAUAGUGUCAAACACAGAAGUGUGAAAGCAGAGGUUUUUUGGUGUAUUGGUUUUGUACAAUAAAAGCAAGUUGAAGCAUUUUCUCUAUCUGUUAUUUUCAUGUUUUUUAUCUAUAGAUGUUGCAGUGAUUAGAUGUUGUAUUUCAUCACAAAGAGACAGUCUGCUGGUUCAAGGGGACCUAAAUCUUCACCUAUCAGUGUUUCCUCUCACUGGUGAUGUCACCUGGACCUGCGGGUUGUGAACUGCUGCCCUAGUGAACUUUGCCGUCAAACUGAUAAGAGCUGAACUCUGUCAUUGAGCUGCCACAACAGAAAAAAAAGAGCACAAAUGAUCACAUGACACAAAGUGUAGAUGGCCCAGACAGUGUACGCCACGUAUAACUGAUAAGUUUUACUCAACAUUAACGUAGAACUGUAUGAGUCGUACACACGAGGUCAGGUCCUCUGGUUUUUUGUUUAUGUGUUCAUCAGGGGUCGGUUCAUAUGCUGUUAGUGCUUAUAUUGAUCCAUGUAUCACAUGGUACAAACUGAUAACUGAUAGGAUGUUUUUCUAGGAUGCAGGUUUGACUUUGUGGUUGAGUCAGAUGGUCUGUAUGCAGAGACUGUGCUCCUUAAGGUGACAGCCUCUUGAUGCGUCUUCCCAGCUUCCUGCUUUAUUCAAUGUCCUGUCACUCUAAAUGGAAGCAUUUACGGUCAAAACUUAAUUCAAGGAAAGUUAUUUUAUUUCUGAGACGGUAAAUUUAACUAAAUGGUUCAAUAAUCUGUCUGAUUUUGAAAAACAUCACCAAGUGUGUAUUAAAAAAUAUGGGCUGAAGUUAAAGGAAUACUUUAACAUGCAGUGUGGUAUUUAGGAACAUUUAGUAGAACAAACUUGGAAAAAAAUGGAAUAUAAUAUCCAUAAAACAUUCAUGGAGUGUUUAAUUGCCAAUAUGCAAAAAUCCCUUUGGUUUUUGUUAAUUAGAAUGAGCUUUUUAUGUGCAAAGGACAACACAUAUGUCUAAGUGUCACAAAAAUCUGUUCGUUUUUUCAUAUUGACUGAUCACAGGAGGCUGAAACCAGCUGGUUAGAUUACCAUAAUAAUAAUAAUAAUAAUAAUAAUAAAAAAACAACCUGAAAAAAUGUUCUUUUUUCACUUUAUUAAGAAUGGAAUACAACAGCAGGACAAAAAGUCAUAAGAACACCAAAAAAGUGGAUGACUGAUCAAAUAUCAAAGGGACCAAAGGACAAAAAUAUCAACAUUCUACCAAUAGUGUAAAUUUCGCCGUGCAAAGAUUGACAGAAUUUCGCGAAUCAGAUACAAUCAACAGUUUUCUCUAGUCUUGUUAAGUCCCAUCCUAACCGCCUACGUCAGUGAAACAUCGUCAUUAGUUUGAAGUGCUCAUGGGCAUAUGGAAAGUCUAUUGGAUCGGACAAGGUCCAGCUAUUGAUCAGCCAAUAACAAACACCACAAUAUUUACAAUACAGAGAUUAGAGGCAAUCAGAGGGUUAAUUUUGUUGACUGUUAAGAUUUGAAUUUUCUUACUGGCGUAGAAAAAUGACGUUACAUCGGCUCUCUGAAGUAUAAGUAAAAAAGAAAGCAUAUUCACUAGCAAAUUUAUAAUAAAUAGUAACAUAACACCAAAACAUAGCAAAUAUUAGAAAAAGCAUAUCAGUAGAAUAAAACAGACGAGCUAUUCGGGUGCUCUAUGGAAAAGUAACAGCUACGGUACACAUAGAAAAAGCUCAGGGUUACAGGGACUGUAUACUAUCUUGCAUCAAAUACAUCUGUGCUUUGUAAACAGAAUACUAGGGUGAGAGUCAUUUUUCAUGUAGAGCGAGCAAACUCUUAGAAAAAAAGAAAGUGACUCAGCACUUCUCUAAGUUUUUCUCUCUUACGUGCAUACACACACUCUCACAUACACGCUGCUGUCAGUGUGACAGACUGAGGGAGGGGUUUAGUUCAUAGACAGGAGGGGAUAUACUGUACUGAGAUGUUAGGGUGAGAUUAAUAACUGUUAGUGUUAGAGUAUUAGUGUUCGCAUGGACCUCAGUUAAAGGAAGCAGGGUCAGAAAGAAGCAUUAAAACACCCAAACGAGGGGGCUGAGUAGAUAAACUGUGUGUUAGAGUAAGAAAACCUUUUUCUUCAAGGGGAGUAAAGCUAAACAGAGCCGGGUUAGAAGCAGGGAGGUGUUGUGAUGAACUACUGUCUGUCUUUAUGGGCCAUGGUCAGCACCUAAACAUGGCAGGGUUGGAUUAUUUGGUUCAGUAGUAGCUCUGUCCGUCCUCGCGGGCCUUGUGUCCCUCUCCGCCAUGUCUCCGGUGGCCACGGCGCUCAUGGUGCUGGUUGUGGUGGUGGCGUCGAUACCGGUGGGACCGCCGGGCUAAAAAAGUAGGGGAAGAAGUUUGUUUUCUGAGAUUAUUAUUUUGUGAGAACAGACAAUGAGAGAGGAAACAUGGAGGGAAGAUAGUGGGGAUACCUUAAAUCAAAGGGUAGCAGCAUGAGUAUCUGAGCUAAACCAGUGCAACUGAUACUGAAAUAAAUCUGCGUUUCACGAUUUUUAAUAAGAACAUCUAAAAAUACUUUCACACCCACCUAUCUAAGAAUGCAUUUCUUUAUCAUCUGUGUAAAAAUUGCAACCACUAAUUAAAGUGACUAACUAUGGCACUGUUAAGUUGUUGGAAAUGUGACAGACAAUAUUUAUUUCUAUCAGGAUCUCAUAUAUUUCAUAUUUAUUACAUUUCUUUAAUACAACCUGCAGCUAGUGGAGUGUCUGGCAUCGGGCUCCACUUUGCAUAUUUUGAGACACAUUAGUUGUAGCAGCUGAAUUUAACAAGGACCCUCGAUAAAAACAGAGCCACCGUAGUUUGCGCUGCUAAUUUUGAGUUGACUGUAAUUCUCCUAAAAUGUAAAUAAGAUUGUUUUUGAUAUAAGAAUUAAAGGUACAGUGCAUAGAAAUCAAGAAAUGAAGUGAUAUCUGUAAGUCAGACUCCAGAAUGACACACUUCUCUGCUCCUCCCUCUCUCCCUCAGUGAAUUGGUGGCCUUCAAACCCAAGAAGCUCCAGUAUAAUUGGUAUGAUCCACUAUUUAUCAAGUUUUUACUAUCAAAAACCGUGGUGACAGAAAGCAAAGAAAUCCUAGUAAAAGUACUCUUGUACAAGCUCAUGAUAAAAUAUAAUUUUAAAAUGUUUUUUCCACAUUUUCAUUGUUCCAGUAUAGGGUCUAACUAGCCCUUUAUGGCCUUUUGUAUCAGAUACAUACUUUUAUGAUACGUCUAUCAAAUCAAUAUGAUCAACAAAUUACUAAAAAAAACACCUGAAUACAGUCAAAUAAAUGAUAAAAAUGUCCUCUUGUGGUUUAUCCGUUUCCAAAAACAUCUAAUGUAUCAAACCAGAUAAAUAAAUAAAUUUGUUAAAUUUUAAGGACUUUUUGGUUUUGGAGGUUUUCAGUAGCAGAUGAAAUAAACAUUUCAGCUCAAAAAAAAAUUGAAUUUUCUGGCCAUAAUUUGUAGUUUCAGGCAUUAAAGGGUUAGACACUGAGCACUCACACUUUGUGCAGAUGAUUCUUGGUCUUUCCCAGCUCCCGUCAGCCCGGCAGCGAGCAGUGGGGAUGUGGCGUUGGAAGAAACCUUCAGCGCAUUGAUAGCGGACCACAGCAUGGAUGUCGUAGUGUGACCUCCGCCGUCCUACCAGAUGAGCAUUUUCCACUGCAGGUGGGGUCCCACACAACACUGAACAGAGAAAAAUCCAGAUGAAAACUUCUCAUAAAUAUUACAGACAAAAGAGCGUGUGGUUGGUCUGAAAAUUCUGUUGUGACUGUCCCAAAUUUCACAGGAA